AUGGACCUGGAAGGUUUCCGGCGUGCAGGACACGCGGCGAUCGACCGUAUCUGCGAGUACUAUGCAUCGAUUGAGGAACUUCCUGUAGCGGCGCAGGUCGAACACGGCUAUCUUGCGCCUGCGCUCCCCGAGGAGGCGCCGCAGAACGGCGAGGCGUGGAGCGCCAUCGACGCCGACUUUACGCGGCACAUCGUGCCGGGCAUGACGCACUGGCAGCACCCCAUGUUCUUUGGGUACUUUCCCUCGAACGCGACGUACGAGGGGAUCAUUGCGGACAUUUACACGUCCGCGAUGAACAACCCCGGCUUUAACUGGUCCGCAUCGCCCGCCGUGACCGAGCUCGAGUUUGUGGUCCUAGACUGGUUCGCCAAGAUGAUGGGGCUGAGCAGCGCAUUUUACUCCAACGACCUGAGCCAUAGCGGGGGCGGCGUGAUCCUCGGCGGUGCGAGCGAGGCGACGCUCACGAUCGCCAUCGCCGCGCGCGAACGCGCCCUGCGCGCGCUCGCCGUCGACGACCCGACGAGCGCCGCGGACCCGGUGGGGUGGCGCGCGUCGAUGCUGCCCAAGCUUAUCAUGUACGGCACGACGCAGACGCACUCGGUCGGCUCCAAGGCCGCGAUGAUGCUCGGCAUCCGCUUCCGCGCGCUCGACGUCGCCCGCAAGGACGCGUACGGCCUCAGAGGCGCGACGCUCGCGGCGGCCAUCGCCGAGGACCAGGCCAAGGGGCGCGUGCCGUUCAUGCUCGUCGCGACGUACGGCACGACAAACUCGUGCGCGAUCGACAACCUCGACGAGAUCGCCGACGCGCGCCGUGCCGCGCCGCACCUCUGGCUGCACGUCGACGCGGCGUACGGCGGCGUGACGUGGUGCCUGCCCGAGGAGCGCUCGCCGAAGCUCAUGGACGCAUUCAACACACACUUUGACUCGCUCUCGACCAACCUGCACAAGUGGGGCCUCGUGCAGAUGGAGAGCGCGCCGACCUACGUGCGCGACCGCCGCCUGCUUGCCGACGCGCUGUCCAUGACGCCCGACAUUCUCAAGUCCAAGGGCAUGGACCCCGCCGCACUGAACGACCUGCGCAACUUGCAGAUCGUGCUCGGCCGCCGCUUCCGUGCGCUCAAGGUGUGGUUCAUCCUGCGCAGCUACGGCCAGGAGGGCUUCCGCGCACACCUGCGCCGCAGCAUCGCGCUCGCGCAGCGCUUCGCCAAGGGCCUCGAGGCUCUGCCGCAGCUUGAGAUUGUGAAUCCCCCACGCUGGGGCCUCGUCAUGUUCCGCGUGCGCGCGCCGCCGGGCGGUGACGUCGACGCGCUGAACCACGCGUUCCACGACGUGCUCCUCACGCACGACAAGGAGCUCUUUCUCUCCCCGACCGUCCUGCCGGAGGUGGGGUACUGCGAGCGCCUCGUCGUCGGCGCGCCGUCGACCACCGAGGCGCACGUCGACCACGCCUUGCAGCUCGUCGCGGCGUGCGCCGAGGCGGUCGUGCCUGCAGAAUGA